CACUCAACGAAUUACUUAAUUUACGUUUGGCUGCUUACUUUCAGUACUGGAGAGUGCUUUCUUCCAUGGUGCAAAGGACGGUUCUCAGGGUUAUUAUUUCAUGUCAAAAAUGCAAGAGGGAGCUCCUCAAAGCAGUUGCUGCACUUCAAGGUUUAGAUAAAAUUGAAGUUGAUGAAGCUAAGGGGACGUUGACAGUAACAGGCAGUGCAGAUCCAUAUGAUAUUAUAACUCAAACCAAAAAAACAGGAAAAUUUGUAGAUGUUGUGAGCAUAGGGCCUCCUCCUGCUCCACCGAAGAAACCCGAGAAGAAGCCCGAGGAGGGGAAGAAACCCGAGAAGAAGCCCGAGAAGGAGAAGAAGUCCGAGGAGGAGAAGAAACCUGAGAAGAAGCCCGAGGAGGAGAAGAAACCCGAGAAGAAGCCCGAGGAGAGGAAGAAACCCGAGAAGAAGCCCGAGGAGAGGAAGAAACCCGAGAAGAAGCCCGAGGAGAAGGAGGAGGAGAAACCGAAGAAGAAGCCCGAGGAGGGGAAGAAACCCGAGAAGAAGCCCGAGGAGGAGAAGAAACCGGAGAAGAAGCCCGAGGAGAGGAAGAAACCAGAGAAGAAGCCUGAAGAAAAGGUCCCUGUUGUUCCGAACAAAAAAAACAGGAAAAUAUGA